AACGUAUCAAGGUCGCAUGGCUGCCGUUACAUGCUCUGCUGAAAGCGGCUAGAGCCUCAUAGCAGCACGGGCCCGAGCUUGCAAAAUCAGUCAAAGCGUGCAUCACACGAGUCAAGCUGGCGGCCGACAAGCAGUCGGCAUGGUAGCCAACACAGCCAACGGUCACGCCAAGCAUUCUAGCCAAUCAAGCGAGCACAAAGCUGGCAGUGCGGCCUCGGGAAACUCUUCGGCAACGACGCUCAAGCCUGCCAGGUCAUCAGAUCGUUUGCGCCAACGAGCUGCUGCCAGCAAGCCAGAGGAAAGUGAUAUGCUACGUUCCACAGGGCCUCGUGGCAGGUCUAUCAAGGAUGAUGAGAAGGACAAGCUUGAGCUCAGCGAGGCCGGCUUGCUAGCCUCGUCUGGCAUCUCGGAAACCGUCGUCAAUGGCAUGACAAAUGGUGCGAGCUAUCAUUCCAACAGCCGCUUACGCCGUACUAGCGGCAGCCAAACCUUUCUGUCCGCCGAGGAGAAGGAUGGUCUGGUCGCGAAACCAGUCGAAGAAGACGCCGGUGCUCACAGCAUUACUCAGCUUUCGGUCAAGGAUCGACAAGCAUUUGGGCUCUUGGUCGCACUUUAUUUGCUUCAAGGCAUUCCUGUCGGAUUGGCAUUUGGCUCGAUACCCUACCUACUGAGAGCCAAGAUGUCGUACUCUCAGAUAGGCGUCUUCACGCUUUCGACCUAUCCCUACUCGCUAAAGCUGCUUUGGAGCCCGAUCGUCGAUUCAAUCUUUCAUGUCAAGACUGGGAGGCGGAAGAGCUGGAUCAUGCCCGUUCAGAUCAUCGUCGGCGCGAUACUGUACUGGAUGGGCAACAAUGUGUCGCAGCUUAUCGAGGCCGACGUACCAAACGUCAAUCUCUUGACCUCUCUUUUCUUCUUGCUCGUCUUCUUUGCCGCCACGCAAGAUAUCGCUGUAGACGGCUGGGCACUGACGCUGCUCUCCAAGGAGAACCUCUCGUAUGCGUCGACCGCGCAAACAGUCGGUCUAAAUACAGGCUACUUUUUGUCGUUCACCGUCUUUCUGGCGUUCAACAGCCUCGAUUUCAGCAACAAAUAUUUCCGAUCGACGCCGCUCGAUUACCCUCUCCUGAGCCUGGCAGCCUAUCUGAAAUUCUGGGCAUUUGGCUUUUUCGCAGUCACAGCCUAUCUCGCAUUCAUACAAAAAGAGGAUCCUGUCGCGGCCGAUGAUCCGGACAUGGACACGAAAAAGGUCUACAAGAUCAUGUACAGCAUCUGCAAGCUAAAAAACGUUCAAGCAUUUGUACUCGUCCAUCUAGUCGCCAAGCUAGGCACCGCAACCAACGAUGCCGCAACAUCCCUUAAACUGCUCGAGAAAGGCCUCAGCAAAGAAGAUCUGGCACUGGCCGUCCUCUGCGACUUUCCGUUUCAGAUCAUCUUUGGCUACCUUGCAGCACGGUGGUCGACCGGCAAGCAACCUCUUAAGCCUUGGCUAGCAGCCAUGUGGGCCAGAUUGGGCAUGGCCAUUGUUGCGAUGCUACUCGUCCAUAGCUUUCCGCACCCGCCCAUCUCGACCACUUUCUUCUUGCUUGUCGUCAGCUGCACCGUCGGAAGCAGCUUCGCAAGCACUGUGCAAUUUGUAGGAAUCAAUGCCUAUCACACUCAGAUUGCCGACCCAUUGAUUGGAGGGACGUACAUGACGUUGCUCAACACGGUCAGCAAUCUCGGCGGGACCUGGCCACGCUAUUUCGUGCUGCAAGGUAUCGACUAUUUCACCGUCGCGACUUGCCACGUCAAGCAAGAAGACGGCGAGAUAUUCGUCAAAGCAACCGAGUGCGUUUCGGAUCAUGGCAAAGCUGCAUGCGCUGCCCUCGGGGGCGAAUGCCAAACCGAUCGCGACGGCUACUUCAUCGUCUCCAGUCUUUGCGUCCUAGCAGGCACACUGUUGCUACUCUUCUUCAUCCAGCCCGCCGCGCGGAGACUACAAGCCUUGCCGCAGACAGCGUGGCGCGUUCGCUUAGAUGGCGGCACGAGACGCUUGUAGUCAUUGCAGAUAGAUUCUACUUCACGCG